GCAAAACGAGCAAGCCAAACGCGUUUUCCCUCUCAUGUGUGCUGGUCGUGUAGUGCGCGUCCUGCUUGCUUCUUUGCACACCGUUCGGAACAGUUGCGAACCACUGCGCCGCCAUAUUAAAGUGAGACAAAAGAACCGUGUGCCACACCGCUUGUCUGUUGUGUGUGCGGUGUUGUGCUGUGUGUUUUGGGAUUUUCUACGUGAAACGGACACAAUUUCCGGACCCGCCGGAGGACGACGCCGCGCGUACAUUUCUGUGUGUGUGAUUUGUCUUGGCGGCGACGGACACACGGACGCCCAACUUUCGGCCAAGCCACGGGGGCAGAGUAACAGAAAAAAAGACACUUUAAUCGUGUGCCGUGAAAUUAUGCUCACGGGCCCCUCACCAUCAUCGUUAUCCCUAGCAGCAGUAUUUGAAAACAGCCGCCUGUGAGGAAAACAAUUCGUCGACAGCGCAGCAAGCAAGCAGGGCGAGGAGCAGUCGUGGGUCGUCGUGGGCCACGCGCAAGCAAUGUUCACCGCCAACAACAUCCAAACGGCAACGGGCACCCCAAUCGGCAUCCAGUAUCAGACCGCGACCGCCACCGACAUCAACAAGGGCACCAAGCUGGAGGGCCAAAAGACGAACCAGCAGGCGCCGGAGUUUUCGACGUUCUACGCUAAUGUGAAUAUGAUACAAAAGCUAACGCCAACGUCCCAGGCGUUGAGCACCGUGAAUCUGGCGCAGCUGUCCGAUGACUCCAAAACGGUACAGUACCUGCAGCCGUUCGGGUACGCCAACUGUGCCCUGGUCAACCAGAUGCCGAUCCCAAACGGCGUCACCGGGAUCACGGUCGAUGGCAGACAGCUGGUCGUGAACAAACCCAUCACGAACACCAUAUCCAACAUCAGCUUCAAGUGCGAUGUGUGCGGUUUGAUGUUCAACCAUCUCACCCUGCUGAACCAUCACAAGCGCACCCACAACCAGGAUGGGGAAACGACAUCGGAUGCCAUUACGGUAGUAACGCAAGCGCAGAAUUUAGUCCAGGCACAAAAUCUCAUCUCAGAAACGGGUCAAAACCUUGGUCAGAUUCAGAUUGUCGCCACGGAAGCGCUCGACCCGGCACCGCAGCAGCAGCAGCUGCAGCACGCCCAGGAGCAGCAACAGCAACAGCAACAGCAGCAGCAGCAACAACAGCAAGCCCAAGCGCAGGCUCAAGCUCAAGCGCAACAGCAAGCGCAGCAGCAAGCGCAACAUCAAGCGCAACAGCAAGCGCAGCAGCAACAGCAACAGCAACAGGUGACAACACACACCACCAAGGCGGACAAAUCGCAGAAGUGCAUCUCGUGCAACGGGCCCAUCCACAGCAACCCGAAGCGAAAGGGCCCGAAGCUGAUCCGGUGCGAAACCUGCAUCAGCAACGAUGGCGCACAGCCUGUCUCGAGAAGUACGACCCAAAUCUUCGUCGCGCCCGACGGUGACAUCAAGUUCGAGAUCGGUGAAAUCCCGAACGCCUCCAACAGCAACUCGUCGAUGGACUCGCUGAUGCCGGGACAGAUGCAUCCGAUCAAGGCGGAGCACGCGCUCGUACCGCAGCAGAAUGCGCAUCCGGUUAAAAAACGUAAUUUAGCAACUGUCACAAAAUGUAACAAAUGUAACGGUUCUGGUGUAAUUAUAGUUGGAGGCCAGAAGAAGCUGAUCCAAUCGUCCAUGCAUCAACAGCCGGAAAAACCAUUCACCUGCAACACGUGCGGAGGGCGGUUCUCGCGCUACUCCAGCCUCUGGUCGCACAAGAAGCUGCACACGGGCGAAAAGAACUACAAGUGUAACGUGUGCGGCAUAGCGUUUGCCAAGGCCGUCUACUUGAAGAACCAUAUGCGCAUCCAUACCGGCGAAAAACCGUACAAGUGCGGCACCUGUGGCAUGCAAUUCUCCCAGUCGCCCCAUCUGAAGAACCACGAGCGAACUCACAGCGGCGAAAAACCAUACGUUUGUGAGGUCUGUGACAAAGGAUUCGCCCGUCACGCAACGCUCUGGAACCAUCGGCGCAUCCACACCGGCGAAAAACCGUACAAAUGUAACCGCUGCCAGUCCGCGUUCAGUCAGGCUGCGCAUCUCAAGAAUCACGAAAAGGUGCACUCCGGUUUGAAACCAUUUAAGUGUGACAUCUGUUCAGCGGCGUUUGCCGAUCGGUUCGCGCUGAAGAGGCAUCGUGGCAUUCACGAGAAAUAUGGUCAAACUACGCCGCUCCAUCAGAACCAGCAGCAGCAGCAGCAAACGGCACAGGUCGUCACGCAGCAGGUGGUGCACAAGGAGGAAAUUAUCGAAAUGGAGGAGAAACCGCGCGAGGUGAUCAUAACCGGAAUGUAGAGUGUGUGCAAACACGGGGCAACCGAAAUUGCUCGCGCCUUUAAGCGCGUGUGCCGUGAGCGUAAGUUUAAGUUAGUCGCGUAAACAGUGUGAGAGAACGAGAGAGCGAGAGAGUGCAUUUUUUUUAGCAGUUUGACCCGAUGCAGGAGGUUUAAUAGUGAGGUAGAAAAGUUAGUAAUACACACUGAACGGGUGCAGUUGCUCUGGUGUGUUUGUAAAAAUGCAUUACUUAUCGAUAAGAAAGAAGGGGGGGAAGAAGCUCUAUAUAUAUAUUUAGGUGUAGUUGAAUUAGGACAGUUGAUUGCUCUAUGGCGCUGCACUUUGUUAAUUUUGUAUUCGAGUUUCCUUUUCGUUUCUUCACCCUGAUGAUAUCCCCCAACAAAACCGUGCACCGUGGAUGAAAUUUAUUACAUUUUUUCCCUUUUACUAGUCCAGUAAGGGAUGGUUAAACAUUUUGAUUAUGUAAAUUGGCAACUUUUUGUUAAAAUUUACACACACACAAGCAGCUUUGUCUAAUAAUUGUACCCAACUUUCUAAUUUUUUCGAUUGCAAUAUGAAAGAUCACAUUGAUGCUGAUUCAAAUCGUUGGGUUUUUUUUAUAUGUACCAUCUACAUAUACAAUGCCGAAUAAUAGUCGAAGCAUGAAGCGGGCAUGCACAAGUUUAACGAAAAUGAUAGGGCGAACCUUUGUAACUACGGGACGACACGAAGUGCAGAGGAAAGCGAAACACCGAUAGAUGGUUAGAGCGUAUUAACUUAACGACAAACUAAGUAUAGGUGCAUUUCAUUUGCAUUAGCCGUUUAUUAUUAUGAUUGUAGUAAUUAGUUAUAUGUUUAAUUCGUACUCUGCUAUCUAAGCGACAUACACCACCUUUAAAAACGCUCGAAUUGAACGCAAUUCAAUUAGCAGCAAACACUUGAACGCUACCGUACACUCUCCUUGGGAAGCCAAUGGGUAAAUGCGCAGGUGUCACACAGGUCGAGGCCAACCUUCUGACAACGGUUGUGCCAAAAACCAUUUACAAAGGGAGCAGAUUGGUCCGUUUUAUUGCAACGUUGUGUGUGGCCAUUAUCAUAAGCCUACCGUAUAAGCGUGGAGUGGGUUCUUUCAAUGCUCCUUACACAGGAAACAAGGGAGAAUCAUACAACAACACACUCCCCGUUGACCGAAUAUCGGCACUCCCAUGUCCUUUCCCCCCCCCUCCCUAAUGCCAGUGUAAAAUUCUCCCGACUGCGAUGCUCUUUUAGUGUAUUGAGUAAAAAAAACGAUUUUUGGGAAAGGAAAGUAUAACCCAGUAAAGGCUUCCUAAAGCUAACUCCGCGGAAAACGAACGGGAACUGAAAAAAAAGAGAUGUUUCUUUACCGUUUGAUCGUCUUUGGUCGUUAGCCAUUAGAUUGCACUGCUCUCGAUGGAGCAGCAUCGAUUAAAAGAAGCAUCUACCUGUAAAUAGACACUUUUAAAUGUUACAAUUCAAAUCGUCAUAUGCAUGCGGCCUUUACCGGGCGGCGCACCAUUACAUUCUAAUUAUCACCGUUGUAAAAAAAAAGAACAGUAUAAAGUACAGCUCACACAUGAUCCACAGCAAAUACGCCGGUUACAUCAAGCCGGAGGGAGAAGAAAGGUAGAAUUUAAUUUCAACAUUGAUUAAUGAAGAAAAAGGAAAACACACACUGAGAAGUUCUGAAUAUAUGCGCGAUUACGGAAAAUAAAUAAUUUAAAGAACAUUGAAAGUAGUUAAUAAACUGUAAAGGUAAUUUUUAUCGUUUAA